AUGUCGAUAGAGGAUAUUGCGCUACCUGCCAGCGCGCUUCGCGGCUCGGAAGAGCAGGCGAACGCGAUGCGGCGACAGCUGGAGCGACAGGCUAACGCGUAUCGGCUCAGCUCGGCGAGUAACAGUUUGUCCUCGAUAGAAGGCGCAGGCCGGCCUGAAAACGGGGCAACAGAGAUUUCAGCAGAGAUGGUUAGCAGCGCACCCCCGGGUUCACUGGCAACCGUUGAUUCGAACGACGCAAGUCCACCAUCAACGGCGGAGAGGGGCGGCGCGGCGGAACAACCGGAACCAUCCGCCGACUCGGCGCAGCCAUUGGCGGAACUGGCGCAGCCAUCAGCGGAAUUGGCGGAGCAGUCCGCGGACGGCCGAGUGCCCUCCGGCGCCGAGGAAAGCGGGGGGAGAGAGGGUAACGAAGGUUCUUGUAACGAAUCAACGCCGACAGGCUCCGCGGAAUUGCCCCCCGCGGAGUUGGGCUCUGCGCCGUUGGACUCCGCGGAGUUGGCUUCCGCCGUUUCCGCGGACACCGCGGAGGGCGACCCCAGCGCCCCCAGCGCCUCUAGCGCGGAGGCCGUUGCUAGCGCCGAGGAAGGUCAAAAGGGAGAAAACGGUCCUUCUAACGAGGAUGCUUCUAGCGCGGAUGACGCGUCAUCCGUUAGUAGCGAUCAGCCCGAGCCGCCGGAGGAGUUCAUUUGCCCGCUCUCCCUCGAUAUUAUGUUCGACCCCGUUAUAGUGGAAUCCGGGCAGACGUACGAGCGUGCUUUUAUCGAGCGCUGGGUCGCGGACGGCCACAAGACGUGCCCUAAAACGCGCCAGCCGCUCCCGUCCGGCGCAAUUAUACCGAAUCAGAUCCUCCGCGCGCUGAUCACCGAUUGGUGCAAGCGGAACCGCGUUGCUCCCCCGACUCCGAUCUCCGCGGACGAUGUUGCGCUCGCGUUCUCCGCCGGCGGCGCAAAGGGCGCGGAAGCGGGCGCGGGGGGGCUGGCGGCGCAGCGGAGGCGGGAGUAUGCGGCGGCGGCGGUGCGCGCGGCGGCGGUGGCGGUGGAAUCGGAGCGCAGGCAGCGCGCGCUGAUGGAGCAGGUGAUGGCGGACCGCGCGGCGGCGGCGGCGGAAGGGCGGAGGGCGGACGGGCGGCCGGGGGACCGCGCGGCGGUGGACGAGCGCGCGACGCGUCAGGCGCGCAUUCAGCAAAUGCGCGCAGCCGCGGGGCAAGGGCAAGGUCGCGGAGGGGGGAACGCGGGUGCGGACGCCCGCGGAACUGCAGCUGGGGCGGCUGCGGAGACAGGAAGGGGAGGGGCGGCGGAGGAGAGGGCGGGACAAGCCGGCGCGGGGGGAGACAUGGGGGGAAUGGCGGAGAGAGCCACUGGGGUUUCCGCUGGUGCUUCCGCUGGUGCGCCUCCUCCUGCCGAACCUCCCUCCAGAUCUGCCGCAGCUCGCGUGGCGGCUCGGACGGCGGCUCGGGAGGCCGACGAUGCUGAGGAUCGGUACGGGAAUGGGAUUCCGGACCACCUGUUAGCAGGCUUGGGAGGAGGCUCUGGAGGAGGUUUGGGAGGGGCCGGGGGAGGUUUGGCCCUAGCCGGCUGGCCUGGAAAACUAGCCAUGAAAGCCGCUAUAUUUAAAACUCAGGCUUGGCCGAACCCGAAAGAUAAAGAGGGUGAGGGAGGGGCAGGGGGGAGUGGGGGAGGGGCAAGAGCAGAUGUGACUAUGUCGGGGCCGAUUGGGGUGGGGGCAGGGGGAGCAGGGGGGGCAGGGGGAAGCGGAGGGAGUGGGGGAAGCGGGCAAGGUUCGGCUGGGAGGACAGGUCUGAAGUUUGGAGGUCUUAGGCAUUCCAGGUUCGCUGCUGGUAGCGCUGCUGCUGCUGCUGCUGCUGCUGCUGCUGCUGCUGCUGCUGCUGCUGCUGCUGCUGCUGCUGCUGCUGCUGCUGCUGCUGAUGGUGCUGCGUCCACUGGUGGUGCUGAAGCAUCUUCUGCUGCUACAGCUGCUGCUACAGCCGCUGCUACUGCUGCUGCUGCUCCUUCUGCCGCCACAGCUUCUGCUGCUACAGCCGCAGCAGCUGCGUCUACUGCACCCGCGCCUGUCCGUCCCAGGCCAGGCGCCCUCACUGCCACCGGACCUACUUCCGGACCUGUUUCCGGACCUGUGAGCCCCGGACCUACUGCGACUGCCGUGCCUCUGAGCCCCAAGCCUCGGAUCCCGGGCCAGUCCGAGGGUCGGGUUUCCAAGGGUCGGAAGAAGAUGGAACGGGAAAUUGCGAGGCUGUUGGCUCGGGAAGACAGUGCCUCGAGAGAGCAUAGUAAGGACCACGGGGGAGGAGGAGGGGAAGGAGGGGGAGGAGGUUGGGGGCAUGAGCGCGGGUUGAGUACUAGCAGCAGCGUGGACGGGGGGCAGUGGGAGUCGAUUCCGUACCAGUUCCCGUCCUCACGCUCCCUCGAUCCCAACCAGGGCACCCACCAAAGCUUCCCCUCCUCUGCCUCUGUUGACGGCGGCUACAGUGGAGCAUUCUCCUUCGCCUCUGCGUCUGUCUCUGGCCCUGCCUCUCCCCCUCCUGCUGCUGCUGCUGCUGGUAGUGCUGCUGCUGCUGCUUCUCUCCCCCCCCGCGCGUCUCUCCCCCUCCCCUCCUCCCACCACUCCAUCCUCUCGCAAGCCUCCUUCGCCCCCUCCCCCCCUUCCCCUCUCCCCCCCCACCCCCGCGGCUCCCACUCCAAAGCCCCCUCCUACGCCUCCUCCUCCCACGCCCCCGCCUCCUCCUCCUCCCUUACCCCCUCCGAACCCCCAGAGGAAUUCCAAAUGCUAGAUGUGGACAAUCUAGUCAACCACAUGCGCACCGGACCGCCCGAGGAAAAAGCCGCGGCCGCCGCCCUGCUCCGGGUCAUGACCCGGCACGGGUUCGCGUGCGGGCGGCGGGUUUUGGAAGCGGGCGGCGUGGCGCCACUCGUCGACCUCCUCUGGUCGGACGACGAACCCACCGCAGAGCACGCAACCACCUCGCUCUUCAACCUUGCUCUAGAAGCGUCCGCAAGAAUGCGUAUUGUGGUUACCACCGGGAGUAGAGUAGUUGAAGGACUCGUUCACGUGCUUUCCGCCGGUGCUCCCGCCGCCAGAGCCAACGCAGCAGCAGCUCUCUUUCUCCUUUCCCGCGACACCGGCGCCAACAGCAGUAUUAACAGCGGGGCGCGAGCAGCAGCUGAGGCGAACUCGUUCCGGGAAGCCGUGGUAACCGCAGGCGCGUUACAGCCGUUACUAGACCUGCUCCUGGACGGCCCCACCCGGGCCAAAAAAGACGCCGCGAACCUCCUGGUUUCCCUCUGCAUGGCCCGGCCGAACCGGUCCAGCGUGGCUAAAGCCGGUGCAGUGCGGUGCUUGUGCCAGUUGCUGAGUGAAGGGGUGGAGGUGGUAGAGGAGCAAGCAGCAGCGGUGUUUGCGGCUCUUGUGAGGGAUCCCGAGGGGAGAGAGGUGCUGGUGGAAGAAGGGGCGGUGCCGGCAUUGGCUGAGUUGGUGGAGGGGGGCACGCAGGGCAGGGCGAGGGAGUAUGCGGUGGGGACGCUGCUGGGACUGGGUGCGAGCAGCAAGGAGUGGCUUGUUGCGAUCGAUGAGGAGGGAAUUUCGGCGUCCGUUGAUGUGCUGACCCGUGUUGGCACGGGGAAGACUCAAGCCAAGGCGCCACACAAAGGGAGGGAGUAUGCGGUGGGGACGCUGCUGGGGCUGGGUGCGAUCAGCAAGGAGUGGCUGGUCGCGAUCGAUGAGGAGGGGAUAUCUGCUUCUGUUGAUGUGCUCACAUGCGUGGGGACAGGGAAGAAGACACAGGCCAAGGCCGCAGCACUGCUGGAGCUCUUACAGUCGUGCCAGCACAGGAGGGUGGAUAGAAGGAAGGCCGGAUGUAAUGUAACCCCCUUCCCUUUCCCCUACUUCCCUCUGCUGCUCUCGUCUCCCUUUCAGGCGGCUGCACUGCUUGAGCUACUCAGGUCCUGCCAGGCACAGGAGGGUUAG